AUGUCUGACCUGCUAAAGGAACAAACGAGCGUCAGGCGCGUCGUGCAGAAGUCGAUCUCCCGCAUGCAGCGUUUCAGCCGUAAAGGAGGAGCUCUUGGGACCGGUCAAAUCCUUUUUGAGUCUGUUACGGACUCUCUGUGCACAGAAAUCCUGCAGGCCAGCAGGGAGGACGCGACGGCGCUGCAGUGCAAGGUGGUCUGCCUCAUCCAGAGCGGCAGCUUCAAGGAGGCCCUGGGCGUCAUCAACGCGCACGCCAAGGUGCUCACCAGUGACGUUAUUGCCUUCGAGAAGGCCUACUGCGAGUACCGGCUGACCCGCAUCGAGAACGCCCUGCGGACCAUCCAGAGCGCCAGCCAGCAGACGGACAAGCUGAAGGAACUUUACGGGAAGGUGCUGUACAGGUUGGAGCGCUACGACGACUGUCUAGCCACCUACCGGGAUCUCAUCCGCAACUCCCAGGAUGAGUACGAGGAGGAGAGAAAAACCAACCUUUCCGCUGUCGUGGCAGCGCAGAGCACGUGGGAGAGGGUGGUGCCUGAAGAUCUGGGCCUUCGAGAAGCUACCUACGAGCUGUGUUAUAACAGUGCGUGCGCGUUGAUCGGACAGGGAAAGCUGAACGAAGCAAUGAAGAAGCUACAGAAAGCAGAAGGGCUGUGCCGUCAGUCGCUCUCGGAGGACUCUGAUGUGACCGAGGAAGACAUUGAGGCUGAGCUGGCCAUUAUCCAUGGGCAGAUGGCCUACAUCAUGCAGCUGCAGGGUCGCACUGAGGAUGCUCUGCAGCUCUACAAUCAGAUAAUCAAGUUGAAGCCAACAGACGUAGGACUGCUUGCUGUCAUUGCAAAUAACAUCAUCACAAUUAACAAGGACCAAAAUGUAUUUGACUCAAAGAAGAAGGUGAAGCUGACCAACGCCGAAGGGGUCGAGCACAAACUAUCCAAGAAACAGCUCCAAGCAAUCGAGUUCAACAAAGCCUUGCUGGCCAUGUACACGAACCAGAUGGCCCAGCUGAAAAUCGCUCAAGGCAGCGUCACCAAAGCCUGCAUCAUCCUGAGGAGCAUCGAGGAGCUGCAGCACAAGCCUGGCAUGGUGUCCGCGCUGGUGACAAUGUACAGUCACGAAGAAGACAUAGACAGUGCAAUCGAGGUCUUCACGCAGGCCAUCCAGUGGUACCAGCAGCACCAGCCCGAGUCUCCCGUGCACCUGUCGCUCAUACGGGAAGCUGCCAACUUCAAGCUGAAGCACGGCAGGAAGAAGGAGGCCAUCAGUGACUUGGAGGAGCUCUGGAAGCAAAACCCAAAAGACGUCCAUACACUGGCGCAGCUCAUCUCUGCCUACUCCCUCGUGGACCCCGAGAAGGCUAAAGUUCUCAGCAAGCACUUGCCUUCCUCGGACACCCUGUCCCUGAAAGUAGAUGUGGAUGCGCUGGAGAACUCCCACGGAGCAACUUACGUUCGGAAGAAAGCGGGGAAGCUCGCUGGAGACAACCAGCAGAAGGAGCAAGGACAAGGGGAUGUGAAGAAGAAAAAGAAGAAGAAGAAGGGAACGCUGCCCAAAAACUACGACCCCAAGGUGACGCCAGACCCUGAGCGGUGGCUCCCGAUGCGGGAGCGCUCCUACUACCGCGGGCGGAAGAAGGGCAAGAAGAAGGACCAGGUCGGCAAGGGCACCCAGGGCUCGACGACGGCCGGCUCCGAGCUCGAUGCCAGCAGGGCCGCCAGCAGCCCCCCGACGUCCCCUCGGCCGGGCAGUGCUACAGCCAUCUCCGCCGCCAGUAACGUCAUCCCCCCCAGGCACCAGAAGCCAGCAGGGGCCCCGGCCACCAAGAAGAAACAGCAGCAGAAGAAGAAGAAAGGGGGGAAGAGUGGGUGGUAG